UAGAGUUUGGAUAGGGUUCGGGGAUCCUCUGAGAGUAAACUUAGGAGCCAAAAAUCAGACAUUUUUAAAGUUGUACUUUGCAUAAAAAUGGAAGCUUCACAAAAGCACUGUAAGUCAGGCGUGUGUGGGAGCAGCCCUGUGAACACACUAGUGAACACAGUAGUGAACACAGUAGGCUUGUGUUAGAGGGCCAGCACCAGGUACCAGGAGCACAAAUCAGAGCGAGGAACAGCAGGGCCACGACCCUAGUAUACUUGUGUCUAUCCAGCCAUUUUUGCAGGUGCUCUUGGUUUUGGUACGGUAGCACAUUCUGUGCUGUGGUAUACUCUUACCUUCCUGAGAUCAUAAUAACAACGGCAAACAAACCUGUCUUACAGUAAACCCGAUGCCAAGAAGUGGGGGCAUUUUCUUCCAGCAAUGAACUCGUCUCGCCUGACUUUAUUGGAUCUUACCCUGAACGCCUCGGAGGACACCAUUUUAGAACCAAAUGUCAGGAACAAGUCUUCAGCCUGUGAAGACAUGGGCAUUGCCGAGGAGGUGUUCCUCACUCUGGGCCUCGUCAGCCUCUUAGAGAACAUCUUGGUCAUUGGGGCCAUAGUGAAGAACAAAAGCCUGCACUCACCCAUGUACUUCUUUGUGGGGAGUUUAGCAGUGGCCGACAUGCUCGUGAGCUUGUCCAACGCUUGGGAGACCAUCACCAUAUACUUGCUAAAUAAUAAGCACCUGGUGAUAGCAGACACCUUUGUGCGCCACAUCGACAAUGUGUUCGACUCCAUGAUCUGCAUUUCUGUCGUGGCCUCCAUGUGUAGUUUGUUGGCCAUUGCGGUGGACAGGUACAUCACCAUCUUCUAUGCCUUGCGCUAUCACUACAUCAUGACAGCCAGGCGCUCGGGGGUGAUCAUCGCCUGCAUCUGGACCUUUUGCAUAAGCUGCGGGAUUGUUUUCAUCAUUUACUAUGAAUCCAAGUAUGUCAUCAUUUGCCUCAUCUCCAUGUUCUUCACCAUGCUGUUCUUCAUGGUGUCUCUGUAUAUACACAUGUUCCUCCUGGCCCGGAACCAUGUCAAGCGGAUAGCAGCUUCCCCCAGAUACAACUCCGUGAGGCCAAGGACCAGCAUGAAGGGUGCCAUGACCCUCACCAUGCUGCUGGGGAUUUUCAUUGUCUGCUGGUCCCCCUUCUUCCUUCACCUUAUCCUAAUGAUCUCGUGCCCCCAGAACGUCUAUUGCUCUUGCUUUAUGUCUUACUUCAACAUGUAUCUCAUACUCAUCAUGUGCAAUUCUGUGAUCGACCCUCUCAUCUAUGCCCUCCGCAGCCAAGAGAUGCGGAGGACCUUAAAGGAGAUCAUCUGUUGUCACGGAUUCAGGCGAACUUGUAGGCUCCUUGGCAGGUAUUAAACGCCUUCCCCCUCUCGGUGGCUCUCAUCUCUCAGUCAAUUAGGUUCCCCAGGGCAUAAGCAAGGUCGCUAAGGAUCUCAAAUGUGUUCUUCUUGAUCUCCUUUGCAGCUCAGUUUGGUAGUUGCCUGUUUGGGGUGUGCACGUGUGAACUGUCUCCAUGGUGAGCCUGGGCUGUGGCAAGUCUCUUAACUUUUCGAUCACUCUCCCCGCCCCCACUUCCAUUCCAUUUUUCAGAGGUUUUACCAUCCUCUGCCUGACCUGGUAAGUGACCCGAGGAGAUGCGGAACCUCCUGGAUGAGCUGUCAUUGAAAGAAACACUGUGGAGGCCCAUGUCACCGUCAGUGGCCUUUGCAUUUGGUUCAGCUUUCCUAAUGACGAGAUCCAUGUUUGCAGGGUGCACCUUUAGUGUUCUUUUCAGGAAUGGAGAGCCAUCCGGCUCCUUUUUAUUUGAGACUUCCAUUUUAUUUGUUAUGGGUGUCUCGACAGCUCACAUAUCCUAGACUUCUGGCUUCUGGCUUGCAUUCAGAAUUGUCUGGGGACCAACCUUAGCUACCUAUACUCCUGUCCAUCAUAGUUUUGUAUUUACUCAGACAUAAAACUUCUAUGCUAAACACCUUGCUUUGUGUUUUGUGAAAACCUCCAUAUCUCUCACUGUCUUAAUCCUGACUCAAGUCAGUGUUUCCAAGAAAUUUGGGGGUGGUCAUAUCGGGGACUCUAGGUACAACCCCCACCCCCCACUCCAUUUAUCACAUGUCCAAAGUCAACCUAAGUUGGCUUUCUCUCACAUAGUCAUUCACUAGCUCUUGGUGUCUGAGAGUUCCUCACUUUGCAGCAUCUUAACCUGCCUCCAGCUAUCACCAAAGGCCCGGCCCACAACAAAGACACACCAUUUUCUCUAGUCUGGAGUGGAGGAAAGGGAUGCAAGCUCAAACACUAACCCUGGCGACCCUGGCUGUGUGUCCUUCACUCCACUCCAGGGCCCACCUCUGUGCUUACCUCCCAGAAUGGCCAAAAGAACUAUCUGGAAAAAAAAAUGGGAGAACUUCUUGUAAAAUUUGAAAAAACACGUAGGAUUUUUGUUGUUGUUGUUGUUGUUGUUGUUAUUUAAAAGAACUGAUCCACAUGGGUGGGAUCACACACAGUAACAUGAAGGAAGGGUACCCGUGCCAGUUCCGGAGCAGUUUUUUGGAUUCGAAGAGACUUGCUGUGCUCAACAGAGCCGCGUGGAUGCCAGUGAAGAUCAUAGAGUUAGAAUAAGAUAUUGAUUUUGGUGGUCACACUGCUCGUCCGGGCACCCAAUUGUCACUAGUCUAAUUCUCUGCUCUGGGUGCUAAAAUGACUUGCUACAAAUCUUGACCUUUAUAUUAAGGUAUUUAAGAACAUGCUUGACUGCAUUUUAAUCUCUAUGUAAACAGAAUAGCCCUUGUGUUCAGAUGUUGUCAUGUUUGGGAUCUUCAUCUGAAGCGAAGUGUAUGAGCUCUUACAGCUCACAGGUUCCAUUUCGAAGUAGUGUGCUGGAAUUAGUAUUUUCUUUUUUCAUUGGAUACUUGACAUCUAGGAUGUUUCCAAAUGAAAGAAAAUAUACAUAAAGCAUCAGACAUACAGAUCUUCCCACAGUGAACUGUGGGUGUAAGAUAGGUCCUGUCUAUAGAAGAUUGUAAGAACAGAGGAACUUUCUAGUAUCCUGUCAUAAUUAGCUUGUGAGCAUGAUCAGCAACCCCUCUAGGAGCUCAGCAUAGAAAAACAAAACAAAACAAAACACACAGUGCUGGUGUUAACAGCAAGGUGCAUGAGAUGUCCAGAUCUUUACAAAAACAAGCAGAUUGUUUGCAACUGAUCUACAAAGAGCCUCUAGCCUUUCAAAAUGUUUCCUGUUCAUAGCUGCUGAACAGUCACACGCAGGAAGUGAAAACUCUCAUUGUAGCCAUUAAAGAAAGCAGAGUCCUCUGUGGCCAUGGAUGUCACCGGGACAUGGGCUAUCUGCAGGCUUCCUCUCUUGUCUGAACAGAGCAAGCACUUACAGUGUUUGUAAUUUCCAAGUCGAAUCUUCUGCCUAUUAUCCUUGAGGGUUUAGCAAGGUGACUCUAGUUCUGAUCACAGGGGUAGAAUGAGACAUUGAUCUUGGUGGUCACACUGCUCAUCUAGACACCCAACUGUCACUUUUCUAAUUCUCUGCUCUGGGUACUAAAAGAACUUAUUACAAUUAAGGUAUUUAAAAACUGAAUUUUAAUCUCUAUGUAAACAAAAUAGCCCUUGUGUUCAAAUGUUGUCAUGUUUGGGAAAAUAUAUGCAUGUAGUAACUUGUUAUAUUUAUGCAAAUAAGCCAACCUUGAAAUGAAGCCCCCUUAACAACAACUAAAAAGAAUACACAUACGUGUCAAACAUGUGGCAUUGGAUGUUAGCUUUCUGUUUUUGUGGGAAAUGUAUUUGCCUGAAGUUCCCUUAACGAAAGAAGAAUACACAUGCAUGUCAAACAUGUGGUAUUGUAUGUUAAGCCGUAUGUCUCUGUGGGAAGUGUAUUUGCUGUAAAAUAUGUGUUCAUAGAAAUUGUUAGUAAAGCAGAAGGAUGGUUCAACUUAUACU